AUGGUAAGUAUCCUCCACUUAACCAGUACAUACAUAGUAUCGUGCUUAACAACUAGCAUCAACAAAACAUCAAAAUGCUGAGAAGUAAAAACGAUGACAAAUCAUUGGCUUCACAAAAGAUCAAGCUAAAGUUAAAAAAAAAUUUUUCAGGCCUCCGGUGUGAAAGUUGACCCUGCUUGUAAACAAGCCUACGAUGAUCUACACUCCCGCCAUCAGCACGCUUACAUCAUCUUCCGUAUCUCUGACGACAACACGAGUAUUGUUGUUGAGAAAAAAGGCGACAAGAAUGCGCCUUAUUCCGAAUUCGUUGAGGAAAUCAAACAGAAAUGCGGCUCUGGCCAAGAAUGUCGUUAUGCUGCUGUGGAUGUUGAUGUCACCGUCCAACGCCAGGGAGCUGAAGGAUCAACCAGGCUCAGCAAGGUUAUCUUUGUUCAAUAGUAAGUGCCAAACGAACAUAUUUUCUAUUAUAUAUCGAUUUUUUUAUCAGUCAUAACUUUUCAGUUGUCCUGAUGAAGCUCCAGUUAAGCGACGAAUGUUAUACGCUUCUUCGGUGAGAGCACUGAAGAAUACUCUCGGAUUGGAGAGUCUGAUGCAAGUCCAGGCCUCGGAUCUCUCGGAUAUUGACGAGAAGGCCGUGAAGAGCGACCUAAUGAGUCAUCAGCGUUUGUAAACGGGUGCCGUCUCUUUCAUCGACUCUUCUUCUAAAUAAUAUUUUUAUUGUGCCCGCCGUAUUCUUUGGCUGUUUUAAUUAAAAUGCUGUAACUGAAUUGGAUAUGUGGGAGAAAUGUAAUGUGAAUUGCUUCAAACGACCUAAGUUGUCAUGGAUAUCUCAGAUGACAGAGUCAUCUUCCUUCUCCGUUUUUAGUCAUCCUCGGCCAUUAUGAACCCGGCCAAAUUGAUAUAGACGCACCAUUCCCGGAAAACCGAAAGGCUCCAUAAGAGUGGAGAAGGGCCAAAAUACCAGAGGCCAAGCCAUUCUGGCCACGGUGGCUUUGUCUUUAUGGCAAUAUCGAAAACGCAAAUGAAGCCGGCUUUGUUUUGCGGCAAGAGACGGCGGGUGUAAAUCCGUGGACAUAAGUAAGUAAGGGGUCGUGUUUAAGGUAUAAGGGACGGGUUAAAAGCCAGGGACAUAUAAAAAGGGCUUGUUCCCCGAGGCCACCGGAAACCGGUUGUUUGGCCCGAAGGACGUCCAGAAUGCUUGACUGAGUCCUUCAUCUGCCAUGCCCUCCACAGCGAUUCGGUCUCAUUCCAAUGAUAUUACAGCAAACUGUGUUAACUCAACCGGCCCGGCCCUCACACAUAGUCAUUCCCAGCGAUCAGCAUUCGGCUGGGGUCGUCGAGUGGGCAGCAACGUCAGUGGCGCGAUGAGUGGCAGAUUGUCAGCUGCUGGGCAGAUGAGUUUCCGCCGACUCAGCAACAAUGCCCAACGGAAGCCGGUGACGUCUGGCCGGACUCAUAUCUUCGCCGGAACGUUCCGAGUAAGUGUUUCUUCGGCGGGGUUUUUAUAUCUUAGCCCCCUCCCCAGAACAACCUGCUAUAAUGUCCCCGCAGGCGCCCCAAAAAACACAUUUCCAUCCCAGGUUUCGUCUUCUCGACUUUUACCUUAUUCAUGGCGUCCGACCCAAUUCCUGACACUCGCCUCGUGCGGCUCUAAGCGGGAGAAAUAGUGGCCAUCUCAUCAACAAAGCAUGAGUUCGGUGGGUUAAACUAGUCGUUUUGUGUCUUGGGGAGGUGCUAAGCAACUCCACACAUCAUUAAACAUGCGUGGUAAUCUUGUGGGGCUAUGGGAGAGCCCAACCUCCUCUUAGUCUGAGCCACAUGCUCGUCCCCAGGAACGAAGGGUUAUAAUCAAGCAACCUCUGCCCCCGGGGCCAUUUCGAAAAAAAGCAAAUCUGGCCUCCUCCACCAGUUUCCCGGCCCAUCUUUCGGCGCUGGCAGCCGAGGUCCGUAGCCGGGGAGCCCAGGCGACUUCUAGGCAUAGUGUACAAAUGGACUCCCCCCGUCUUCGCCAUGCCCCUCCAGGGCCCGCGACCCGGAUGAUAGCCAUGCCAACUUUUCGCAGGGACUCUGCCGACCCACGAUUUACUUUCCGUCGUAGCGACACUCGCCGCAGCUCCCAGUUCAAUAUCUGGUUGACUCGUAAAAACUUACCCAUUCUUCAGGCAAAGUUCAGUCAGGAUCAACAGUCCGACGAUGGAACCACCCCUCUCAUCACCAAGCUGGAUAAGUACUCGCCGGAAGAGUUGAAAGAAUAUCGACAAGUCUUCAAUAUGUUUGACACUGGUGAGGGCAACACUUUAUGUCUUUUGAAUUAUUAUAAGACGAAAAUCUCUGACGUAAUUCUUGUCUCAAUCAAAGUCAUCAUAACCUAACUUCAGUCAAAUCUUUUCAGUUUUAUGUCUCAAAAUUUUUUAGACCGAAGUGGAGCAAUAGGACUUGAUGAACUUGAGAAUGCAAUCACAAAUCUUGGCAUGGAUCCAAAACAAGUCGAUUUAGAGAUGCUGAUAAAGGAGGCAGAUAAAAGAGGGAAUCAUCAGAUUGAUUUCGAUGAGUUCUGUGAAGUAAUGAAGACCAUGAGUGAGAAAACUCAGUCCUGGAACGAGAUCAUCAAGGAAUGCUUCACCGUAUUCGAUCGAGUGAGUUUUUUUGCAGAUCGGCCGAUGCUAAUCCUCUUACCAUGCUUUCCUUAUAUUCGCCCUUUCCAGAGUGAAAACGGGCUCAUCUCGAAGCGGGACUUCGAGUUUGUGUUGCGGGAACUCGGACAUAUCACCAAUUCGGAAUUAUUGGACGAGUUAUUUUUGGAAUACGACGUGGAUAGCGACGGUUUCAUCGACUUUGACGAGUUCUCGUUCCUCGUCAAGAACUAUUUGACAGAUGAUGAUGUGUUCUGA